AUGAAGGUGGUUCCUUCUCUGUGCGGUGUCAACACAUCCAGAGGAAAUACACGUAGUUUUUCAACAAUUCCUAUGCCCCCGGGGGAGGACCAGCCCGGAACCCGGGACCACACCCGCACGCGCUUACCCAGCGCAGACACUACCUCCUCUAUCUUAACAAUCCGCAGUCAUUACGCAGCUUUCCCAAAGUUUAAUUUUGUCCUCGAACUUGGGACUCUUCUCAAAUGUGAAUUGGUACAGAGGGUCGCUUCCUUUUUAGAGCUAGCGCCUGAGUUCGUAGCUCAGCUCCGGAGGAUUGGAGACAAACUGUCUUCUGAGUGGUGUGAACCCUACAUCACUGCGCCGCUGUCGGAGAUGCCAAACAAGAAAACUCGAAAGAGCGAGACGAGGAGCCCGAGCCCAAUGCGGGUCCCAAAAGAUGUGGAAGAUGAGUGCAUUCAUCAACUCCGGAGGAUUGGAGACAAACAGAACUUUCGGCAGAAACUUCUAAAUUUUAUUACCAAGCUCUUCAGUUUAGUAACCUGAGUUCUUCAAAAAGCUUCUUCAAGAAGGGACUCGUAGAAAGCAAGUUCCCCAGUUGCUACAAAUGUCUGUUAUAGGAUGGACUGUGGUGUGAUGGAGAGAGAUGAGGAGAAAUACUUUCUUUUGGUUUCCUGAGCAUGGAUGAUGAAUAAGAUGGAAACAAAUUUCUUCGGGAAAGUUUUCAGAAAUCGCUCUUUGAGAUGUGAUAACAUGAAACCACAUGUAUUUUAAAACGAGGCUUACAGGAGUCACAGAAAUAGGGAAGUGAUUAGUAAUACAUCUGUCUUUUGAGAGUUGGAGUGGCGUUUCUGCAAAAGGUUGUUGUCAGAAGUCAUGCAGAGGAGCAUGGCAAAUCAUUACAUGAAUGGGGAUAGUUGCUCAGUAUGACUUUCCUCUGUUUGACAGCAACUCCAGAAUAUUGUGUUCUAUUAAGUUCCAUCCAUAAUCUUCUAAGAGAAAACAUUUCAUUUUUGUUAACAUAGAGUGUUAUAGUGAAUAUUGAGUUAAUAGGUCACUACAAACAUUGUGUCUUGUUUAGGUGACUUUUUUUUUUAAGUUGUUGAGUUCCUCUGUAUAACAAUCCUGGCUGUCCUGGAACUCUUGUAGAUCAGUAUAGCCUCUAACUCACAGAGAACUCCAUGCCUCUGUGCUGGAAUUAAAGGCAUUCACCACAGCGUCCAGCUGUUUAGAUGACUUUUAAGUGUGUUUUUGUAACCAUUAACUGGAUAGUAUGGAAAACUACCAAGAACUGAAAAAAAAAUCAGAAGUAUAGCAAGGUUAUUUAGUGGCAGUAAAAUUUUUGCAGAUUGAAUAUUAUGUGAUAAAGAGUUGGGCUCUUAUGUAACCUGAGACAAAAACAGGAAAAUUUUAAAAGUUGAUAUAAUUAAAACUUAGUAAAAGACUCAUUAAGAAGCUGCUAAAAUUUUUAGCCUGCCACGAGUAUUUCCUAGAGCUGUUUUUUUUUUUUUUUUUUUUUUUUUUUUUUUUUUUUUUUUUGGAGUGUUUCUCUGUAGCCUAGCUGUCUUGGAAACUCACCCUGUAGACCAAGCUAGCCUUAAACUCAGAGAUACACCCUUUCCCCCACCUCCUGAGCUACUACCACCCUAGCUUUAAGAGUUUCAUUUUUAAUCUGGGCUAUAAAUGUGAAAUUCAAAAUAGUCAAUAGCAAAUCAAUCCUGGUUAACAAAGGCAAGAGAUUUGAAUAGACAUUCCCUAAAAGGCACAUAGAUGGUCAACAGAUAAAUGAUUCAGAAAUGUAAAUGAAAAUGACCAUGAGAUGAUCUUAUACUCUAGAUUGACUGUUACCAAAAGUGAAAGAUAGCAAGCAUGGUAAAGGCUCAAGAAGAGAAGGAAUAUCUGUAUAUCUUCAUUAGUAUUGUAAGGUAGGACACCUAUUUUGUAAAACAGCAUUCCUUUAAAACUAAGAAAUGAACCACCCUAAACCUAGCUGUCCCACCACAGAGUGUAUAUGCAAAGGUGUUGAAUUAUUUGUAUUAGCUAAAGCUAGGAAACUAUCAAAGGCUGAAAGGGAUUUGUUUUUGUUUUUUUUGUUUUUCGAGACAGGGUUUCUCUGAAUUGCUUUGGAGCCUAUCCUGGCACUCGCUCUGGAGACCAGGCAAAUCUCACAGAGAUCCACCUGCCUCUGCCUCCUGAGCUGAAAGGGUUUUAAAAGUGGGAAUAUAAACAAAAUUGAGCCUUAGAAAGCAGGAAAUGUUACUUGUCAAACUGGACGAUAGAUAACCCAGGUCCCUCUGAAGACAAUACUCCACUGUCUUUUUUUUUGACAAAAGCCCAAGUCAACAAAUAGGAAUAAGAUGGCUGGGGGUGGGAUGGAGAAUGAGAAAAUGGCCGCCCCAACCUUAGAGGGCAAAACUAGGAGUUCUGAUGUUCUUGUCUACAGCAAGUCAGGGAGGUUGCCUGUUCUGACCACAAGGAAGUGAUGUCAACCAGAAGUGAUUCUGUGAUAAUGCUAGUAACUGUUUGAUCUUUCCCCACAGUGUCCAUGUUUUGGAACUCAACCCUGUAAACACAUUUAAUUUGUCUGUUAACUAAAACUAAAAAUUUUCCAAAAAGGGAAAUAAUCUCAUGAUUGAGUUUUACCAGGAAUGCUAUUUAUUUUACUUAUUUAUGAUUGAAAUAUUUUUUGUUUCGUUUGAACAUGUGUAUCAGUUUCAUUUUUGUUAUGACUGUGAAGGGUGUCAUAUAGCAAGUCACUUUGAAAGAACUUACCUCAGUAGUUAGUGGGCCUCGGCAUUAAAGCUGUUUACUUUGAAGGUUUUUUUUCCCCUUGGCCCAAAGGUAGACAUUUUACCAAAUGGGUAUUUAUAGUCUGUGUCUAUAUUUAUAUGUAUGUUUCUGAAGACUGAUACUGUAGUCUGAACUAUUAAAUAAAGUUGGAUACUGUAGCAGCUAUUGAAAACUUACCAGUCUUCCUGUGUGUUUUCUGUAAAUUAGGAAGUUUAUUAUCAAGCUGUUUUAACACAUGGAUAGACAUCUGGUGUGGUGUAUGUAUGUGGGUUUGAGUGCAUGUUUGUGUGGGAAGUGUGUUAUCAGAGGUCAAUAGUUAAUCCACCUUUUAAAAAACAUUAUUGGGUGUGUGGGGGUAUGUACUUGUUAUGGUGCUUGUGU